CUUUGGUUCUCCCGGCUUCCACGCCGAUCUCCUACUUUGUAUUUCCAGUCUAUGGCCCAGUCUCUUACCCACUUUUGCACCAUUUGCUGAUCAGUUUGUCGAGCUCACUCUUAGAAUCCUCCUCCUCCCAUCCUCUCGUCCUGUAGCCUCAACAACUGCCAUCGGAAAUGAAGCCCUCACAACACUUCAUUCAACCGGCCUCUUGUCUGAAGACAGUGGAAGAAAUUGUAGUGCCACUAUCACUAACUCGAUAGCUGCGGAGGUUACUGAAACGUCAAUUUGUCCAGGAGGCACAGAAGCAGAUAAACUCGAAACUUUGAUCCG